UCAACAACACAGGCAGUUCCGGGUCAGGUGACUCCUCCCCAGUCAGCGUUGCCAGGUUUCGGGAUCCCGGAAGCGGAUCUCGCUGGAGCUGCUGCUGUGGCUGCUUCUGUACAGGUGUUAAUGAUGAUGAUGAUGAUGGCGGCGGCGGCGGCCGGGGCAGAGGAGCAAGAGGCCCGGGAGAAGCUGGUCCUGUGGGAUCGGAGGAGCGACCCCCUCGCCCCGCUGACUGACAGGCAGACAGACUCGGUGCUAGAGUUGAAAGCAGCCGCCGAGGAGCUUCCUAUUCCCGCAGAGCUUCCAAUUGAAGAUUUAUGCAGUCUGACGUCCACAUCAUUGACUGUGGGUUUGUCUGCAGCGGUUCCAGAGUCUACAGAGGGCAUCCUACAGCAUGGGUUCUCAGCGCUGGGAAUGGAGGAUGAUCGAAUUGAAACUGCACAACAAUUCUUCUCAUGGUUUGCCCAAUUACAGACGCACAUGGACCAGGAUGAAGGUGCAAAGUGCAGAGAGAUGAGAGAUUACUUGUCCGGGUUCCAGGACCAAUGUGAUUCCAUACUGAAUGACGUCAAUGUUGCACUGCAGCACUUGGAGUCAUUACAGAAACAGUACCUAUUUGUGUCUACAAAAACGGGAACGUUGCAUGAAGCCUGUGAGCAACUUCUUAAAGAACAGUCAGAACUGGUCAACUUCGCAGAGAGCAUACAACAGAAACUUUCAUACUUUAAUGAACUGGAGACCAUAUAUACAAAGUUGAAUUCUCCUACAUUAUCUGUGAACAGUGAAGGAUUCAUACCCAUGCUUGCAAAACUAGAUGACUGUAUAUCCUAUAUUUCAUCACAUCCAAAUUAUAAAGACCAUCCUGUUUACCUGGCAAAGUGUAAGCAAUGUCUUUCUAAAGCUAUGCAUCUUAUGAAGAUUUACACUGUGAAUAUACUACAGAACCUCACCAACCAACUCAUAAAACGGCAGGAUUCAACGAGCAAACAGUAUUCUGACAAUGCUUUCACACUAUUCUAUAUCAAAUUUAGAGCAGCAGCUCCAAAGGUCAGGACACUAAUAGAACAAAUGGAGCAGCGAUCUGAGAAGAUAGCAGAAUAUCAGCUGCUACUUGGUGAGAUACAUCACUGCUACCUAGAGCAGCGGGAGAAUUUGCUCAGCCCAAGUAUCACCAGCACAAUAACUGACCUAACCAACCAGAACAACAGGGAUCACUGUGCCUUGGUGCGGAGCGGCUGUGCAUUCAUGGUCCAUGUAUGUCAGGAUGAAUAUCAGCUUUAUAAUGAAUUUUUUUCCAAACCAACUGUUAAAUUAAAUGAACUUCUGGAGAAAUUGUGUCUCUCCCUAUAUGAUGUCUUGCGGCCGUUGAUCAUUCACGUUAUUCACUUAGAAACAUUGUCUGAACUUUGUGGUAUACUGAAAAUUGAGAUGCUUGAAGAUCAUGUGCAAAAUAAUGUUGAUCAUCUUGGUGCCUUUGCUGCUGUGGUGCAACAGAUGCUGGAAGAUGUACAAGAGAGACUUGUCUACCGAACGCACAUAUACAUCCAGACGGACAUACUGGGUUAUAAACCUGCCCCGGGAGAUCUGGCAUAUCCUGACAAGCUGGAGAUGAUGGAGGAAAUUGCACAGAGUCUGAAAGAGGAGCAGAAGAGGUUGCAGUCUUCAGAAGCUUCUUUUUCUGAUGUCCACCUAGAGGAUCCAGACUCCAAUAAUCUUAUUAAAAGUGGGUCAUCAGAAUCAUCCUUAAGGCCACAGAGUACAGUUUCCCCUGCUGAUCUGCACGGCAUGUGGUACCCUACUGUUAGGAGGACUCUGGUGUGUCUCUCUAAGCUGUACAGAUGUAUUGAUAGGGCAGUGUUCCAAGGUCUGUCUCAAGAAGCCCUGUCAGCAUGCAUCCAGUCCUUGCUGAGUGCUUCGGAUGCCAUUUCAAAAAACAAGACGCAAGUGGAUGGACAGCUCUUCCUGAUCAAACAUCUUCUAAUCCUGCGUGAGCAGAUUGCACCUUUUCAUACCGAAUUCACCAUAAAGGAAAUUUCCCUGGACCUCAAGAAAACCAGAGAUGCUGCAUUUAAAAUUCUCCAUCCAAAGACCGUUCCUCGAUUUUUCAGACUAAACAGCAACAAUGCCAUUCUGGAAUUCCUUCUUGAGGGAAGGCCUGAAAUAAAAGAACAUUAUCUUGACUCUAAAAAGGAUGUUGAUCGUCACCUCAAGACAUCUUGUGAGCAGUUCAUUCAGCAGCAGAGCAAGAUUUUUGUUGACCCAUUAGAGGAUUUCAUGGCAAAGGUGACUGCAUUGAAAACGAUGGCUAACCAGGGUGGCCCAAAGUACAGCUUAUCACAGCAGCCAUGGGCACAGCCAGUAAAGAUUAAUGAUCUGGUGUCUUCCACCUACAAGACCAUAAAAACAAAACUGCCAGUGACACUUAGGAGCAUGUCACUCUAUUUAGCUAACAAAGACACAGAAUUUAUUCUCUUCAAGCCAGUCCGGAAUAACAUUCAGCAAGUCUUCCAAAAGAUCCACAUGCUGCUGAAAGAAGAGUUCAGUAGUGAGGAUUUGCAGAUCAUUGCUUGUCCUUCAAUGGAGCAGGUGAAUCUGUUGUUGUCAAUGUCUAAAUAGCUGAAGAUUUCUAAACUUGUCCCUUUCGUUUGGGUGUUACUGGGGAAAAUGAAGCAGAAAUCCAGAACUGAUGAUCUGCAUCACACCGCAGGACAUUGCAGAAACACAUACAUGUGCAAAGAAAGGAAUGAGCCCACGUUAUACCAAAGCAAUUUACUCUCUCUGGAGACCUUUUGGAUAUUGUCACUGAAAUCGUGCACCUGAAAGUCAGUCUGAUGGAAUGGUAUAGCUGGCAUCACAGUGAAGAAUCUCAUGUGUAUUGCCCCCUACAGGAAGCCACACUUGAAUAUAAAUGUACAGUCAAACCCACUCAAAGUAACCCUACUGAUUUGCCAAGUCUACUGGACACCAUACGACUUGAUGGCCUCGUGCACCUUUCGAAAUUUAGCCAGAAUUAACUAAUAACCCCUAUAUUGACGCAAUUAUAUUAAAGAAGAUUUUUGCACAUUUUGUUUAAAAAUUGGAAUCCCUUUCUUCCCCUGGAUAGUAGGGGUUCCAGAAUUGGGUUCCUUGUAUUUACUGCAGGCAGUGAUUGGUGGGGUACUUUCACAUACAACAUGAUUCUAAGAAGACCUCUCCUUUAUAUUCAGCCAUGUGUCGAUAUGAAAAGCUACUGAAGCCUACAUUUCUACAUUGUUUUACUGUGUUUGUGUGCUACCCGCUGUGCAGUGUCCUCUGUCUCAGAGCUUGGACUUGCCAGAUAUCACUUUUGGAGCACAUCCAUGGUUCAUUUGAGUACUUACAAGUAGAUCUGACAUCUUCUGUACAAUGCUCACGAGAAAAUGCAACGAACCAUCUGAGCAUCUUGUAUGGAGUCAGUGACUUGUGGCUUUCUGGUGCUGCCAAAUUAGGAUUGUUCUCUAGUUCUGUUGAGGCUCAGAUCUGUUAUACAAGAGAUGAGUCUGGAGAUAGGGGAGCUGAGCAUAACACAUUUAUAGCGAGAGUAAAAUGCUAAUAUAUAACAUUUGAAAUCCCCAGGUAUCCCCUUCUCAGAUCAUUGAAGUACCUCCUAAUUAGUUUAUUGUUCUUCUUUAUACUUCCUUUUACCUAGAAAACAAAUAAUGUCAUGAGCAAAAUGACAUAUACAUUACCAUACAAAUUACAAUAUGGCUUAUGACCUUUCAUUUGAAUAUCUUGGCAGAUGAACAUAUUAAAUCAACUUAAAUUACGUUUUGCCUAAAUGUUAUCACUUAUACUGUAAGAUACUGUAAGAUUGCCGUAAUUGGAAAGUUACAUAUUAUGCAUUUAUUUUCUUCCCAUACACUUGUAAAACGCUGCAUAAAAUUAGCAUUUUAAUUGGAAGCCUCUAAUAGAAACACAAUUAGCGACUUAUUUAAAUUUGGGUUCAUCCUAUUAUUUGGUAAAAGUUUGGGCACUUUGGUAGAGAUACUAUAGUAACAGUCCUUCCCCACGGGUGAAUUGCACCACACAGGUGGUGACCUCUCGCGAUACCAUGCCCCUUAUUCCCAGAAGUCUGAUAACUGGGAGGUGCUCAUUAUUAGGGCUAGCUUCCUGGUCUGCAGCCCUUUCUCCAACUUGGUUCUAGCAUCUACCAUUAAUCAGCAGUUCUGUCAUCGUUGCCAUUACUCCUGCAGGUCUCCAGGAAAAGACACAAUACUGUGGGCACAGAUUGGAUGACUAUUUUACACAAAUAAUUUUUAACAAAUAUAUAUUAUUAUUUUUUUUCUAGAUAGGAACAGUAUCUGAAAAUUCAUGAAAUGUUUUGUUUCCUGUAGGAAGAUAUUCAUCAUUGCACGAACCCAGUAGAUAACUUAUUAUGAGUACAUUUGCUUCCUCAAUGUGAAAUUCCACAUGUAUACUUAUGAAUAUUACAGUGCUUAAUAUUAUUCAUACAAAAUCAACUUCUGUUGUAGCUCCUCGGUGACAAGGAAAUCACCCAGGGAAAUUUAAUCUAGGAAUCAAAUUCUGUACAGCUUUCUGAGGUCAUGGGUUUGGGGAAUUUAAUCAUUGAGAUUGUGUGUCAGAAACCAGUCCUUAUCUGGACCAUCAAUAGCAAAAUUGUACCCAGUGCCUUGUAAUAUAUGUAUAUUUACCUCCUUUUUAUAAUGUGUUUUUGUUUCAUAACUUAAACUAAUUAAUGUGUAUAUAAAAUGUUUUAAUGCCAUGUACAGAGAUUGUAGUUAUAAUGGGAUAUAUUUAAAAUUGGGGAACACUAUUUCAUUUUUUUUUUCAUUUAUAAAGAACAUAAAAAUAAACAAUAACAUGAUUUAAAAA